UAAAAUUACUUAAGCUGGAUGGGUAAGACAAUUCAGGUGAAUGGAUUUCCUAGCCCUGUGUCUGUAGUAGAAGUUAAGAAAUUUCUUGAGGAUCAUACAGGCAAAGGAACUGUGUAUGCUUUAGAAGUUCAGGUUUCCAAACGAGGGGUUAGAGCAUAUGCUAAAGUACAAUUUACCAAUGAGAGAAGCGCUAAGCAUAUCAUCUCAUUGGCAAAACAAGGCCUCCGUUAUCAGUCUUUUAAUUUGAAAGCUAGGAAAAUGGGACCUGACAUCAUACCAAAGCCACGGACGUAUAUGCAUUGCAUGGAACAUGUUACUCUACUUUUUGGGUGUCGGACCUCAAGGGAGAAUUUUUCAGUUCUUUGGAAAAAGGCAAAUGCUUCUGUAAAAUUUGGGAUCGCACUGAGAAAAAUGUACUUCAUCCUAUCCCAUCUUGAUGUUGGUUACAAGCUUGAGCUAUCCUACGAAAACAUCUGGCAAGUUGAGCUACAUUGUCCAAGUGAUCAACCUGCAAAGUUUCUCCUCAUUCAGGUUUGUUCCAUUAAUUUUCACCAAAAUGACCAUAUUGAUGAGAAAUUAUUAGUGGCCAGCUAA